AUGUGGAGUACUUGUGAAGACUCUGAGAUUAUUCAAUUUACCCAUUUGGAAACUGACGUCAGAAGAAGAAACUGCAAAUCAAGUAAUAAAACAGAUUCAAUAACUUUAGACGAGGACAAAAGUGAACAGCUGGAAAUAGACUUUUCUACCAUCAAUUAUAACGAAGCCAGCUAUAGUAAUUACAUUUCUGGAGGGGGAAAUAAUUUAUCAGAAUACAGCAACAAUAAUAUAGCAGAUCAAGAGAUUAUUGAACCUUAUAGUACAGGGUGGGACCAGGACUCAGAUUCUGAAAUAUUAGUAGUUAAAGCUACAUCAAAUAGUGAAUAA